GAGAGUUCAGCAACAAAUUCCAAGUGUUUUGUCCCUUAUUUACAUAGCUAGGUACGACUCAGGCCAUUGCUUCAAUUCGUAUACCUCCUCGUUCUACUCCCGACUUCAACUUUGACUCUCCACCUGAUAAGUUAGCCAUUAGCUAUAUCGCGUCAACGAGCCCAUUCCGUCGACUCCCAUUCUAUCCCAAUCACCUGUCAUAAUGUACACUUCUACGGCCCUCUCAUUUCUUUGUCUCUUUAUGGCCUGCAUUGAAGCCAUUGUUAUACCCGCUCCGGGUCAGAUGAGAAUAUCCGUUGAAAAUGUCGAAAAUGUCGAAAAUGUCGUCGCUUAUGUUGGCGUCAGCGGUGUCAACCUUGGCUGUGUGGUAUCCGAUGACAACUUCCCCGCCAAGUCCGAGAUAUCCAACAACACUGGCACAGCAAAUUGCUGGAACUGGGGCGUAUCAGUUACAGAUCUUGAAGUUACCUGGGGUAAUUUUGAUUGGAUCAGUCUAUAUCGCGGCUCCGACUGUAAUUCUAGCGACAAAAUCACAUACUUAAAAGACAAUAUCGAUCUAGUCGAUGGGCAAUCAUGUCAUUCGACGGAUAUCGUGAAAGGCCAGCAAUUCGUCAAUUUACUUUCUAGUGGCUCAAUACUGUUCGGUAGGGGUAGUGCACCUCCUAGUGACAUACUUGUGCUUCCGAAAGCCACUCCAUCUGUGGACUCUGUCGCCAACAGAUUAGAGAUGUUAAGGAAUGAGGAACUGUAAACUCAAUGGUAGAUACACUGUACUGUUGUUGGUUUUAUGGAGUUACGCGAUUAUGAUACCCGGAUGAAAGGAGUUGAUUCAUUUAAUAUUCAUCAAUUAUACUUAAUUACAAACACCGCUUCCA